AUGUCCAAACUGUUUGACGUGCAAACCCAGCUCACCUUCUAUGGUGCUUACCAUUCGAACCGAAUCAAUGUCCUCAUCCACAUCGUCUGUGUGCCGAUGAUUCUUUGUUUGUCCGACUUUUUUGCUCGUCGCCAGUUUCUCAAUGCCUCCAUCCACUAUGUCAUUAACGACUACCUCGUGUUCGACCUUAACGCCUCCUCUAUUGCGGCUGCCUUAUACCUGGCCUACUAUUAUGCUCUUGAGCCUGUUGCUGCUCUUCUCUACACUCCUCAGAUGGUUCUAGGAUUGCUAUCUGCUAUCGCAUAUGCUCGCUCUCCCGCUCACAUGACCAACGCAAUAAUACUCCAUGGAAUAUGCUGGGUUGCACAGUUCCUCGGUCAUGGUCUGGCUGAGAAACGGUCUCCAGCGCUUCUGGACAAUCUGCUCGGCGCCGUCGUCCUUGCCCCCUUCUUUGUCCAUCUCGAGCUCUUGUUUGGCUUGGGCUAUCGACCCGAGAUGCAUAAACGUCUGACGAACGAGAUUGGCAAAGAAAUCACCAAAUUGCGCAAAGCUCAAGCAGACGCCCGUCGUGCCAAAACCAACUAG